AUGGAUUCAAAAUUGCCACCACCAUGUAAAUAUUUUCUGCGCGAUGAAGUCGUAAUCCACAACGAUGAAACAAGUGCGUGGGUUAUCGUCCAUGGAGUUGUUAUCGACACUACACCGUUGUUUACGGCAGCCGGACACAAAACCACGCUAAAGAAGACGCUGCAGUGGUUAUUGGCAUUUGCGGGCCAAGAUUUAAGCUUGUUCUUCCAUAACAACGAGCUUACCCCUAUUGAGCGUACCAACCGCAACGGAGAACGGGUUCCGGUCUUUGUGCCCUGUUUGGAGCGUAAUCCUGCCACCCAGCGCUGCUGGUACCGUGAUCCGGCUCUGGUCAUUGGACGCAUAACAUUCCACCCAUGCCCGGUGAAAAUUAUCAACACAUUGACAUUCCACGAGACGGAAAUGAUCAUUUGUUACGAAGAUACGAUCGGUGACGUGCGGGAAAAGUACUUGCGCUACAACGACAACGCAAAGCAGUACGAAUGGCGUAUGGAUCUGUCGGAGGGUUCGAAGGCUGGCAUGCUACGAAUGCACGAAACACUUACGGAAAACGGAUAUCAGGUCAAUCUGCGCAGUCCAAUACCGGUGAUUUGGAUUUUUUACAUUCUACCGCCGGGUACAACGGACACAACAAGCGAUACGGACUAUUCAUCCGGAAAAUAUAACCCAGUGAUCGAGCGGUCCGCAGGCGGAAUCAAGGUAAUAACACUCGCCACUACGCAGUGA